GUUUCCCUCAAUCAGUCACGCUCUGCGCCCUCCCUUAGCCACUACCCGAGUUGGUCAGUGAGACUCAGCUGUUCGUCAGUAUGGCGGCUCCUGCCGGUACCCGGUCCCAUGUGAGGCCUACUCUGUGUUCUUUUCUGCAAUACAGUGGAUACAGUUUGUUAUGGCUACUCUGAGUGUUAUAGGUUCAAGUUCACUUAUUGCCUAUGCUGUAUUCCAGAACAUACAGGAAUCUCCAAAGGCAAAGCAACUUGACCAUUUACCCCUAUUAUCAAGGUAUUAGCAUCUUAUUUGGAAGAAAAGUAUGAGAAAAAUUCCCUUUUAUACAGGUAAGGCCACUCUUUUAUCUCAGCUUCUCUGACCUCCUCCUGGGAAUAUACUGGCUCAUUGAGGCACUUCUCUAUGGAACUUCAGCAGCCAAUAAGGACAUUGUCUGCUAUAACCUGCAAGCAGUUGGACAGAUGUUCUUCAUUUCCUCAUUUUUCUACACUGUCAAUUACAUCUGGUAUCUAUACAAAGAGCUGAGGAUGAAACCCAGCCAGAGUGGACAGAGCACAUUUCCACUGGUUAUAGGUUAUACCUGUCGAGUUGGUCAAAUAGCCAUCAUUUUGUCAAGCCUGAUACCUCUACUAUUGAUGAUACCUGUGUUCUGUUUGGGCAAUGCCAGCGAAUGUUUCCGCAACUUCAGCCAGAGCCACAGGUGUAUCCUGAUGUACUCACCACCAGCAGCCAUGGCUAAACUCCUGCCUUCUGCUAACGCAUCAGUCUGUAGCACACUUUAUUUUUACGGACUUAUCAUUUUCCUGGUCAGCUUUCUACUCAGCCUCCUCACCAUUGUGGCCUUACUCAUUCAAGCCCAGACACUUUAUAAGAAGUUUCUGAAAUCGACUGGCUUUCUGGGGAGUGAACAGUGGGCAGUGAUUCACAUUGUGGAGCAGCGAGUACGCUUCUACCCAGUGGCCUUCUUUUGCUGCUGGGGCCCAGCUGUCAUUUUGAUGAUCAUAAAGGUGACUAAGCCACAGGACACCAAACUUCACAUGGCCCUCUACGUUCUUCAGGCUCUAACAGCAUCAUCUCAGGGUCUGCUCAACUGCGGAGUAUAUGGCUGGACACAGUACAAGUUCUACCAACUAAAGCAAGAGGCUCGGCGUGAUGCAGACACCCAGACACCAUUAUUAUGCUCACAGAAGAGAUUCUAUAGCAGGGGCCUAGAUCCGUUGGAAUCUACCCUUGCUUUUGCUACUAGCACCACCAGCAUUCUUUGAAACUAUAAAACUGGAACAUCCAAAACUGGAAUUAUUCUACACUAAUGGUUUGGGAAAAGUGUUUGGGAACAACAUCUUAAGUCUUUUCUAACUAUGCCUUAAACUAUGGAAGUGAAAGAAUGUAGUGCCAUGGUUAGUAGCUGCUCUAGGUGAAGUGGGUAGGAUCUAUCCAUUAUUCUCAGAUUCACAAGUAAAGUCACUCUUCAGGGAGAUGAAGCCACUUUCCACCUAAGAGAUAGACUCAUAUUAUUUCAACAGAUAUUAGAUUUAUCUAAGUCUCUUCUAGGAAAAAUGAAUUCCAAGUUAUUAUUUAUACAGAGUAUUUCCAAGCUCUCUACUCCGUGGUUGUGGGGGAAGUAGUGUGGCAUACAACAACUUUCUGAGAUCUUUACAUUGCUGUUACUUUCCCUUUGGUUGUACAAAGACAGUCCUGGGUUCACAUUCUUUGAAGAGUUUUGGAAACUCAGAAGAAGCAAGGACAAAAGCUGUCAAAAAAGUGAUAGUGGGUUCCUCAGACACACCACAUUCUAGUCUCCUGUAUAUUCCAUGCUAUUCUAGGCCUUAACAAUAGGAACCAUCCUGCUCUAGAAAAUUGACUAGUCUUUUGAAGUUACAGUGGAUAAUAAGAUUUAAGAGAAAUCAGAACUAAAAUUCUAAACAAAAACUUCUCGUCUCAUUUAUAAGCAGAAGUCCAAGGUAGGUUUCCUAGUGCUUCCACAUAGAAUUAGGUUGAACCAUAUGAACUUGCCAUUUUUGUAGGUGAAAAUGGUCUAAUAUCAUCAGUUUUACAUGGUUCAACCUGACUGUAAGUGCUAAAUAUAUGUUUAUUGAAUAAAUAAAUGAACAGAUGAAUGAAUGACUAAGAAGUAGAAUUUAACCUUUGUGGAAAGAAAAGAUUCCCACACUGAAGAGGCUCAUUCAUGGGUAGGGAUGUUUAAUGUUUCAUUCUCUUUAGUCAUAUAAUAAGUGAUGUUUCAUUUCUCCAGUUAAAUCAUGAACAAGGCCAAACUGAGGCCAGGGCAUCAGAUACUAUGAUGCCAAAACAAAGAGGAAAGCCAAACAGACAAACCUAGAAUGAUAAUCAGCUAAAACAUCUGGAACUAAUAAUCAGAUACUUUUCAUCUGAUAAAUUCCCUUGUUCUGUGAAGGCAAAAUCCUUAAGAUUAGAGAAAAUUGACAGAGUAUAUUAUAAUGGGGGAUUAGACAGUGUACUCUGAAAAUUAAGUUCCAGAGAUCUUUCCAAAGGAGUUCUCAAUAUAGAAAUGUUCGAGAGCCCUACAAAGCUCUUUAGGUUUUAGGCCAUGAGCUUCAGCCUUACUGUGGGUGGUAAUCUGACUUAUUAUGUCAAGAACAUAUCUUGAGGCCUCCCAAGAUGUGUAGCACAGAACAAGAAAGAUUGCCUCACCUAGAGAGCUGCUUUAGCUUCUUUUCUUUUUUCUUUAAUUUUUAUUUUUGGCUGUGUUGAGUCUUUGUUGCUGUGUGCAGGCUUUCUCUAGUUCUGGUGAGUGGGGGCUACUCUUUGUUGUGAUUUGCAGGCUUCUCAGUGUGGUGACUUCUCUUGCUGUGGAGCACAGGCUCUAGGUACGUGGGCUUCAGUAGUUGCAGCACACAGGCUCAGUAGUUGGGGCACGUGAACCCUGGAGUGCUUGGGCUUCAGUAGUUGUGCCGUGUGGGCUCAGUAGUCGGGGCACGCAGGCUCUGGGAUGCACAGGCUUCAGUAGUUGUGGUGCAUGAGCUUAGUUGGUCCAUGGCAAUGUGGGAUCUUCCUGGACCAGGGAUCGAACCUGUGUCCCCUGCAUUGGCAGGCAGUGAAUUCUUAACCACUGUGCCACCAGGGAAGUCCUGCUUUAACUUCUUUUAAUUGAAAAACUAAUAGGAAUUCAGUAUAUAGAAAGACAAAAGGAAGGAAGAAUUCUCAUUUCCAUAGACAUUGGGGACACCAGAACUAAGGAGUCCAAUUCUUAAAAAAUCCUAUCAGUAUCACUUCUUAUUUAACUUUAUUACCAGAAAGAAGAUGAUUAUUAAAUAUUUGUCAGGUUUGUUCAUCUUGCUUCUCUGAUGAAUUUUUUGCAUUGACAGUGGUCUUAGAUAUUCUAUAGAUACAGGCAAACAAAAAGAUAGUAGGAAUGAAAAAUAACAAAAGGUUAGGUAAGAUUGGGAUUAUGAGCUCUUCAUCAUACUGAGAGUAGGAGGGCCACUGUUCAGACUACCCUUGUAAUCCUUGAAUUCACACGUAGGAGAGGCAUAGACAUAGAUACAGUGGCAGUUCUUAAAAUUUCUGUAAACACCCCUCUCAUGACUCCAUGACUUGUUCAGGUUGCAGUCAUAGUAGAGUACAGUUGUAUCUAUGCAGCUUUGAUUAAUACAGAUCUUUCUUGGACCAUGUGUUGUAUCAUCCUUUACCUCUCCCUCAUCAGUCUUGUCUUUGGCUUCAAAAAUCUCUGCACCCUAACUCCACGUGUUCUGCAUAGGGAACUGGGUAAGUGUUUGAUGUUUUUCAAUGCAUGGGAGCCUUUGGACGUUUUCACAUAGCAGCCUCCCACAUUUUACAUCUUUGGCCUUGCAUUUGCUGAAGACUUUAAUAUCCCUUUAGAUUCACUGCCACAGUUUCCAAACUGGUCCCCCUUGGUAUUCAUUAAAGUUAGUAACUUUCCUGGGCAACCUUUGUGCCCUUUUCAAAGAUUUUAACACACAGAUUCUUGAGGCUUCAACCCCAGCCCUGGCAACAGUAACCUUGUUCCUUGCAAGGAGUGCCAUCUUGCUUGUAGGUAUCUGUGUGGCAGCACUUGGGGGGGUGCCAUUACACUAUUCUGGGAGGUCACACUCAUCCACAUUGAGGUGGCAGGGUGUGGUUGCCUUUAGAGAUUUGCAGGUUUUGCAGCAAGAUCCAAAUGCAUAAUCUGAACCCUUCUUCAGCUAGUAUGAGGGAAGACAAAAGUGAUCAUUUUGACAGUCAAGGUCACUGCCAUAGUCACGUUCUUCUCCUUUAUCUACUAUCUUAUUCCCACAAUAUGGCUUUCAAGAGGAGUUUUGGAGCUCAGGUUUAUUAAAUAGGCAGCCCUCUCUGUGCUUAUGGAGCAGCUGGUGAAAAUAGUGAAAGCUGCAGUUGCUGAAGCCCAUAUCUACAGUAAUAAAUUCAUGCGUGGUACAGAGGUUCUGGCCAUGAAACUUGCAGGCCACAUGAUCGUGCCUCAUUCCCAAGUCAUGGCCAACCUCAUGAGCUUUGAAAGCUGUGAAAUGUGGUGUUUCUUCAUGAAAGAAAGAUUCAGCACUGAUUGCAUUCUUGGCAGUGCAGAGACCACUGAGAAAUGCAUGGCCCUCGUACUUCCCCAGACUUUGACCAAUAAUCACAUGAGCAGCAUCAUUGUUUCACCCCUUUCAAGAGAUACCAGUCUCUCCAGUGGUUGAAAUUUUGAAGUAUUUCCUGCAAAUUCAGGAGGAUUUGCCCAAGGGUUUUCUCUGUCCAUAUCUUUAACCCAGUACAUACCACUUUCACAUUAUAUCCUUCAUGUACCUGUUGACCAGAGCAUGGGCAUCUAUUAACAUCUUUGUGGUCUUUUUUUUUUUUAAUUAAUUAAUUAUUUUAUUUUAUUUAUUGGCUGCAUUGGGUCUUCGUUGCUGCACACGGGCUUUCUCUAGUUGCUGCGAGUGGGGGCUACUCUUCAUUGUGGUGUGCAGGUUCCUCAUUGUAGUGGCUUCUCUUGUUGUGGAGCACAGGCCCUAGGCACGUGGGCUUCAGUAGUUGGGGCACAUGGGCUCAGUAGUUGUGGCUCACGGGCUCUAGAGCACAGGCUCAUGAGUUGUGGUGCACGGGCUUAGUUGCUCCAUGGCAUGUGGAAUCUUCCAAGGGCUCGAACCCGUGUCCCCUGCAUUGGCAGGCGGAUUCUUUACCACUGUGCCACCUAGGAAGUCUUCUUUGUGGUCUUGAUAACAUUAUCAUUCCACAUUUGAAAUCACUUAUUGUCAAUCACAGUCAGCUUGCAUAUACCUGGGAAGUGGCCACAUAUAGGGCAUAGGAACUGAGGAAGGUUCUGUUUUGCUGUGAAAUUGUGAAGUGCUUAAGAGCUCCUCUUGUUCAUCUCCACGGAUUACACAAGACUCACCUGAUGUUAAAGAUAUGCUGUAAACCAUAUGCUCAAUAUAUAUAGGUUUGAUGCCAAAGACAGUGCCAUGUAAGGUCAGGAUUCCCUUUUGUCCUGAGCAAGUGCUGAUUGUCACACAAGAGUCCAGGUCAUUCUCUGAAAACUCAAGUCAUCCUGAAUAAAAGCAAGGCUAGUUUCCCAUUUCGAUGUGUGUAAACAGGAAACUUCCUGACAAUUCUUUCUUUUGCUUCAAAUUAAUAGUAUGCCAUUUUCCUUGUUUGAGCAGGACAUUGGAAACCUUUUCUGCUUUUUCUUCUAGUCUUCUAAACAUCAUCAGAUUCGUAGGGAAGACUAUUUCAUAAUAGAUUCCCACUGCAGUGCAUCCCUGGAAGAAUAGUCAAAUUACCAAUAAGGUGACAUGCAGCUUAGUAUGGAAGGGCCCAUUCUCAAAUGCCCUAAAUGGGAUUCCUGGAAGAAAAAUCACUCCAAACCUUAUCCAUGACCACUUGAUUUCAUAGAAGACAGGACAGAGGGCAGGCGAAGUAACUAACUGGGCUUAUCAUUGUCAUGGCCCAAGUGAAACAGCAAAUGAUCUCAGAUCUCUUUCUGUAAGUUGACUUCCCCAGGACCCAAAUCUUUGUCAGCGACACAGUUGUUUGGCCAAAGAUCAAAGCUAUGCUGCCUGCGAGAAGGAUAGCUGCUCCCACCCUCAGAGUAUUACAUGAUGACGCCUAUCUUUUGACUAUGUCUCUUCUUAUUCCUCUUGAGCUCUCUCUCUUCAAGAAUGUCCUUACUUUGCAACCACCCUCAAGGAACAACAGUUUUAGUGCUCCGUAGCUGAGCUCCUGCUGUCUUCGUAGAGUAUACCAAGGAGAGGAAACUUUCAGAGGUCCAGCCAGUACAAUGAUCCAGGAUCAGGCCCCAAGAAAAAAAAAUAUAUAUAACCUUCUCCCUCAGUCCCAGUUCCCAUGGAACAACCUUCCCCUCUUGUCAUCCAGUACUCUUUUGAGUCAUUGAAAAUAAAGUUUCCAGAGCAGAGGUUUGUGGAUUUCUGGGUAGGUCACAGGCCUCUGCCGUUUAAUGCCUUUUGUACCAUUCCCUACUCUGUACAAUAUAGCCCAUUUCAAACCUCCAAUCCUUUUCUGUUUUUUUAUUCACAAUAGGUUUAUUUAUUUGCUCAAUCCUAGAAUACAUGUAAAGUAUAUUUAGAGUAGUAACCCAUGCCUCUGUGAAAAGCAAAUAUGUGAACUAGAGAACAGUGUUUGUUGGGUUGGCCAAAAGGUUUGUUCAGUUUUUUUCUGUAAGAUGGCUCUAGUAAUGCCUAGUUGUCUUUAACUUCAUUAUAAACAAUGUUGUUAGUCUGUAUUGUGACAGCUAUCAUAUCAGUGUACAUUUUAAAAAAAACAUAAAAAUCGGUGAAUUUUUGUGUAGCCAUUUUAAUAUUGAAGAUGGAAGAAAAAAGCAUCAUUUUCAGCGUGUUAUGCUUUAUUAUUUCAAGAAAGUUAAAAAUGCAACUGAAACAUAAAAAAAGAUUUGUGCAGUGUAUGGAGAAGGUGCUGUAAUUGAUCGAACGUGUCAAAAGUGGUUUGUAAAGUUUCGUGCUGGAGAUUUCUCGCUGGACGAUGCUCCACAGUCAGGUAGACCAGUUGAAGUUGAUAGCGAUCAAAUUGAGACAUUACUUGACAAUAGUCAAUGUUAUACCACUUGGGAGAUAGCUGACAUAACUCAAAAUGUCCAAAUCAAGCGUUGAAAAUCAUUUGCAUCGGCUUGGUUAUGUUCGUCACUUUGAUGUUUGGGUGAAAAAAAUCUUGACUGUAUUUCCGCAUCAAUUCUGUAUUUAAACAUAAUGAAAAUGUUCCUUUUUUAAAACAAGUUGUGACGGGUGAUAAAUAACAGAUACCGUACAAUAGUGUGGAAUGGAAGAGAUCAUGGGGCAAGUGAAAUGAACCACCACCAACCACACCAAAGGCUGGUCUUCAUCCAGAGAAGGUGAUGUGUACAUGGUGGGAUUGGAAGGGAGUCCUCUAUUAUGAGCUCCUUCCAGAAAACCAAAUGAUUAUUUCCAGCAAGUACUGCUCCCAGUUAGAUCAACUGAAAGCAGCAUUCGAUGGAAAGCGUCCAGAAUUAGUCAACAGAAAAUGCAUAAUCUUCCAUCAGUAUAAUGCAAGACCACGUGUUUCUUUGAUGACCAGGCAAAAACUGUUACAGCUUGGCUGGAAAGUUCUGACUUAUCCGCCGUGUUCACCAGACAUUGCACCUUUGGAUUUCCAUUUAUUUCGGCCUUUACAAAAUUCUCUUAAAGGAAAAAAUUUCAAUUCCCUGGAAGACUGUAAAAGGGUCCUGGAACAGUUCUUUGCUCAAAAAGAUAAAAAGUUUUGGGAAGAUGGAAUUAUGAAGUUGGCUGAAAAAUGGCAGAAGGUAGUGGAACAAAAUGGUGAAUAUGUUAUUCAAUAAAGUUCUUGGUGAAAAUGAAAAAUGUGUCUUUUAUUUAAAAUGUGUCUUUUAUAUAAAAAUUGAAGGAAGUUUUUGGCAACCCAAUAUGUUCGGUUUUUAUCUUUUACCUUACAAAUGAAGUCAAAAUAAUGUUUUCCAAAAUUAUUUAGAUUGGUACUUUUCUGUUCAGACCUAUUCAGUGUGGUUAUGUUAUUCAUUUUUUUUUGUUAUUCAUUUUUAAUUCAGUUAGGGUCAUAUGUUGCUGUUUGUAUUUCAUUCUGGUUUGUCCCUACAUUUUGGUUGCUGCUGAUGAUUUGGGGGCGGGGUGAGGUAUGUGAACUGUUACCAUGAUUCUGAAAGUCAGUACUAUACAAAAAAGUGUAUUCAGAGUACACCUCUUUGAGCCUUUGAACUGUUCCCAUAUCCUUUCUUUCCACCCAGUUCUCACUCAUCAAUCUCAAUAGCACUUGGUUUAUUUUUCCUGUGUUUCUUUCUGCGCAAAUAAGCAAAUAUAUAUUUCCUUGUAUCCCCUCUUUUCUUAUGUAAA